AUGGUUGUUCCUUCUGUGGAUAGCAGACAGUCGGAGGCAGAGCCCUCACUUCCGGUGGUGGAAACAAUCAAUAACGAAGUCUCUGUGAAUCAAGCACAUGAUCUUGCGAGAAAACGUCUCAAUCGCUAUCAUUCUGUGAUUGAAGCAAAUGAUGGUGGGCAAGUCGUUUCAGCUGGUACACCAGAAGGUCGUGUCUACUAUCUCUCCAACAAUGAACAAUGGAUGUUUCUUGAACGUAGCACGGACGAGAGAAUUCAAACACUUUUGAUUUCUGAAAAUACCAGCAACGGUCCAAAGUUCACGCAAAAGUUCACUUCACGAUGA